AUGCCGGCUACAGCGUCUGCAUCGACGGCCAAGUCGAGCAGGGCGCGCGCGUCGCAGCGCAGCCAGGCGGUGCGGCAGAGCCAGCGCCACUGGGUGCAGCUCAUCGAGGCGUGGCGCUCGGCGUCUCGUGCAGCGGACGCGCGCGACACGCUGGUGGACGAGAUCGCACACCAUGCACAGACGAUCUGCCGCACGGUCAAGGAUAAACAGUGGCUGGUGACAGCAUUCAACAUGGCCAUCCACGCCGUCUUGCUCGACGACAGCGAGGAUGCGCUCGAGGCCAAAGAGCUUUUGCGCCGCGAACAGCUCGGACAGCAACUGCUUCAGCUUGCAACGCAUUCGGUCGGCGCACCGUGGAUCAGCAGUCUCAAGGGUCAACACGCCGACGAGAGGUUGAUCGCGUCGGCAGAAGAGGCGUUGGGACGAUUCGAGCAGCUGGCGAAUCGGCUCACGAUGUUUCAGCGCCUGCAUGCACUGGCGGAUAAGAUGGCGCUGCCCGUCUUGCCGUUGGGACUCGUGCUGGAGGAGUCGACGAAUGGUGUGCUGCUGUGCAUUGCGUCGAUCCCCCGAGGAGCGGAGAUGGUCGCGCAGCUGCUAAAGAGCUGUGCGUGGCUGGUGGAAGAGUCGGCGCCGGUGCGGUUGACCAUCGCGGCGCAGAUGCUCGCUGCUGCCCCGCCGUCCGAAGAGGCGUAUGCGGCACUUGCGAAGCACGGCAUGCUCAUCGCAUGGAAGAACGGAAGAGAGGAGAGCGCGUGGCAGGCCCCAGCGUCCAAGGCACCAGCUGUCUCGCUGGGAGAGUGGGCCGAAUUUUAUGCAAAGGCACUGGCGAUGAUGCGAAGCGACUCGGAGGCGGACGUGCUGCUCGACGUGCUGGCGAGGCAGUGCGAGGGGCGAGACGUGCACGACGCCAUCGCGCGGCUUCGCAGUCAACUCGCUAGCAAGCCAAGCGUGGCUCUCCCGGGCAACGGUGAACAACAAGGCACCCCUGCCGGAGGAGGAAAAGAGACGGCGCGCUUCAGCCUGGAUGCGGUCAAGGCGCUGAGCGCGCAGGUGUCUUUGGCGGCGCGCAACAAGGAUGCGACAGCUGCGGCGGCCCAGCAGCUGGUGGCGGAGUGCGAUGUGGGUGGCGUGUCGCAGCGCCUGACUGCGCUGAUUGACUCGAACGACGGCGUCGACACGCGAGCGUUUGCGAUCGAGGUCAUUGCGCAGGCGGCACGAGCAAGCGCAUCCCCGGGGUUGGCGCGGGUGGCUGCGGCGACGCUGUACGCCAGGCCGGCAGUGGGCGGAUUCCGGCUGGAUCUCGAUGCGCCCGCGUCGCUCGUCAAGGCGGCCGAGGUUGUGCUGGCGCAGCUUGCGGGCCAGGCACAUGUGUCGACGACCUCGCAGUCGAGACUCGCGCGUUCGCUGCGGGGCGCACUUGCACUCGAUGCGCAGAGCGUGGUUCCGGCGUGCCAAGUGCUCGCGCUUGUUUCGAGCGAAGAGAGCGACGAAGAGCUGGCGAAGAGCAUGCAGAUGCAUGUGCGGUGGCUGCGCACGAUCGGCGCGCUGCUUGCGGGGCAGGGCGACAAGCCGGCGCUGGACUUGUGCUGGCUCGCUGCGUAUGGCGGUGAGCGACGCGACUCCGCGGGGAGGGAGGAUCACGAGGCGCAGACGCAGCAGCUGGUGGCGCUCGACUCGCUCAUGGAUGCAUUCGGCACGGCCAACGCGCCACCGAGCUCGCUGGGCGGCCGACCGGAGCGCGCGGGUGCGGAUGCGGGGCUGCUGCGCUUCCGAGCCGCGUGGGAUGGGUUCUUUCACUCGACGCUCGACCUGUGCGGAGCCGAGUCGGCACUGGCGCUGGUAUCGCGCGACAAGGCGAUGCGGUUGCUGCUGGGGCAGGUGCUGAGUACGGGCGACGUGGAUCUGUUCACCUCGCUCAGCACGGGCCCGAACGCGCUAGGCGGCGAGGAGCGCGAGCAGCUCGUGCUCGACGUCUCAUCGUCGCUGUUCGACCAGGCCACGAUCGCGUCGACACGGAGUAAGGACGUUCGACUUGCAUUGGGCGUGCUAGAUGCUCUUCCCGCUUCACCGCGCGCCACGGCCCAACGCGAGUUUAUUGACGCAGCGUGCAGGCUGGGUUCGUUCAAGCUCAAGUCGAUCCGGCACGCAGGCGGGCUGUUGGAGCCAGUCGAGAUGCGCAUGACCACGGACAAGAUGGACUUGGUAGCGCGGCUGGUUGCGUCGCAGGAGGGCGUGCAUCGGUCGCCGGAGCUCGUGCUGGACCUAGCACAUCGGCUGUGUGGUCUGGACACGGUUGCGGCGGGAAAGGGGAUGGUGGAGGUUCGAGUGCUGGCCAUGUUGGCAGACGCCGCUACGGCGGCGGAGGACUUUGACGCCGCUGCGGCGUUCUGCCAGCGUCUCGUUCACAAAGCGCAGCGUCCGAGGUCGGGUGCGGAGGUGGAGGUGGUGUGGAAGAGCUGUUUGCAGCUGAGCAAGCAUCCGAUGUGGACGGAUACGGCGGGGCGCAUCGACAUGCUCGCGCACGCCAUGGCCCUAUGCCCCCCCACCCAGCUCAGCGCGAUGCUGCGACAGUGGAAUGCGCUCGACCAACAACUCGCCACCGAAAUCGACGAGGGUAGGGCGGUGGCCAAGAAGGAUGGCGCCCGGACGGGUGGGAUGAAUGCAGGGCUCGUGGGGACGGCUGCCAACCUGCUGCCGCUAUCGUUCUCGCCGCUUUCGUACUUUGGUGGGGCGAGCACAGCAGGGCCAAAAGCGACGAGGGAGGAUGGGGUGGAUGCAAGAACGGCGAGGCUGUUUGACUUUGAUGCCGUGUCCGGUGCGGCCGAGGGUGGCAGUGGCUAUGUCGACCCCGCCGAGCGGGCGGUGAAUGCGGCGCGUGCAGCGCGCGACUUUUUGGGAUGGAAGAAGAGCGCACCCCACGACAAUGGUGCUGGCGGGGGGUUUGCAGGCUUUUCGCUCAGUCGUGGUGUAGGCUGGCUCAUCGGCGACGCGGACAAGCGCUAG